GUGACCUUGACUUGGUUUCCAGGUUUUCGAAAGGUCACGAUGGAUGAUUUUAUCCUAAAUAUUUUGGAUACGAGUGGUCGUCAAGAAAAACAAUAACACGUCAAGUCGUAAGAAAUCUAACUCAAUCACUUCAUCGUAUGCUCCUCUACAUACCGCAGCUAAGGAUGAACUUGUUAUUCAGAAGAAAAAGAAAGAAACAAGUGUUGGCCGUAAGUCUUUGCCGGAGAAAAAUUCCUUGCAGUUUGGUAUACACAACAAAAUGACUGAGACUCCUAUGCUACAUACAAUGAUGAGGUAACAAUAUGUUUGUAUUAUCUGACUUUUCUCGAGAUUACUAUUUAAGUUCUAUAAAACUAGGAUAACUUUGAUAACCGUUCGUAUGUGCUUAAAUCGAUGUUACGUCGAGACAGGAGUCGUUGAUGGCGCUUCUUCGUCCGUUAACCUGUUAUUCUCAACAAUAAGUAUUGAAUGAGACUAUAAUUUAUGGACUACCUUUGAGCAGCCCUAAAAUUACCUUGGAAUGUUGAUCUACUUGCUGGUGUUAAAUGAGGACUAUAGAUUGGUGUGACUUAAUUCUUUCAUCACGAGUUGAUGAAAUGGUAUUUAGCCAAAUGAAUGAAUGGAUGUCAAGACCUGCUAUCUUGUAUCUGUAUGCCUCGUCGAUAGGUCGUAGUUUCGCAUAUUAUAUCGUCUCAUUAAGUAUGAUAUGGGUCCAGGUGUUUUCAGUCACUGCAUAGAAAUAGUGGGAAGUUCGAUUAUUGACGUUUUAGGUGCAUCCAAGAGCUAUAAUCUUGAACAAAACAUAUUCUAGCUGAUCAACUACAGUAUUCCGUUUAAUCUCAUGCUACAAAGUACGAAGCAUAUCAUCUACGUAUUUGAAGAGUUUGUGGAAUGGCCACACUAUGCAGUUUAUUUUGUCAGCCUCAUUUAUUUAUUUGAACACAAAUAUUGGUACAAGGCGACACCAGAUAUCUAUGGGAAUGGGAAGAGAAAAAAAUGCAAGGUGCAUACAAGAGAAAAAAGAAUAAUCACGACCACGGAUUAGUGUAUGGUAGUGUAAUAAUAAUAAUAAUAGUGGAGGGAACGGAAACGUACAGCCAGAAGAAUUCUUUCAGUUGAGGAAGUUACAGCCAAUUACUCGUAGAGCUUUUUGCACUUUAAAUUGCGAGGUCGGUGCUUUAUUAGUAAUGUGCUGGUGACUGUUGCCGUGAUAGGCAUAGGUUAGCGCAAUUCUGGAAUUAUUCUGCCAGUCUCAACGUCCUGACCAAGUGAAUAAGGUUGGAGCUCAAAUCUAUCAGUGUCACUACUUACUGUUAUAUUACGUACCUGCAAAUAAGAAUAUUGACGUAAGGUCAUUGGCAUAGAUUAGAAUUAUUAGGGACUAUAAGAUUACGCUUUGCGACACCGAUGUUACAGAUUUCUUACAAAAGUAAGAACUAAAUUUCUGCAACAUCGUCAUAAUGAUUUCUUAAAACAGGUCAGUGAUGCCGGUUUGUAUGCAGAGUCGGUUGUAUGACUCACUGUACGUUAUCCAUAAUAGAUUGCAGUUGAAAGACUUAGUUGUUGUGAUAUAUGAGACAUUAAAUCCUCGUACGACAAAGCAACUAUCAAUCUCGCUCCAAUUAUAAAUGUAACUCAAAAAGAAGUCACCUGCCAGGAUGAGCUCAGUACAUCAGGUAAAUCACUUGUCCAACUCAUGCAGGACUCAAAAUCGGGCCUCAAUAUAAUUGCCCGAAAACUCUAAAUUCUUAAGUUCUCCCUACUCUCUGGUCAGUUAUUUUCAAAGUCUCAUUUCUUAUGAUCUUCGAGUAAAUAAUCUGAACGGACAUGUAUCUUCUAAUCCUAAACCGCGUUUGAUUUCCUUUAUAGCAUCUGUCUGUCCUCAUUCUCAUCUAGCAUUAGUUUUUUUAGGUUCAGUCCCGCUAUCAACAAACUUACUAAACCUAUGUAUCUUUGUGAUGUGUACUCAGGGCAGUUUCUUCAAGAUUGUGCCAGUUAUCAAAAAUAACGAGUCAAAGGUUAUGACCAUGCCGUUUCAAUGGAUCAAACAUCUGACUUCUAUAGUUAGUUUACGGACUGACUGGACGUUACCGAAAGUGAUUGUCGACUGCUUUUAGGAACCGUAAUUCUCACCUAACAUGUGACAUGAUGUUGUAGUGAUCCAGAAAAUUUCUUGCGAAAGACAAGCAAGGAUCAGAAAACACUGAGAAGCGUUUCAUCCAAUCAGCGUUCACUUGAAGUUUUAGCAAAAAAUAUCAAGGAAGUGAAACGUCACAUGUAGAGGUUCUGAUUGGCUGGUUGCUAUACUGCUGCCAUGUUUAGUAGCAUUCCAGAAUCUUCGAGCAACCUAAGGACAUUUAAAAAUAUUAUAAAAACCCUAUAUUUUCUGUGUUAAAACGAACCUUGGAGUAAAGUACUUAUCGCAUACUUCGCGUCUUCUCUCUCGUUGUUCAGGUCGCUGUAUAGUUCUAGCUUGGGGGUUACAGAAUAGCUUAGGGAACGAAUAUAGUGUUAAAUUUGCAAAACUUAUCAUAUGGUCCUUUCAAGCAGAAUUUCUAAUAGGGUAUAUUAUGUCAAGUUUUUCUUGUACAUAUGUACGAGUUUCUAAAAGAUUUUUAGUGGUCCAGAACAAUGCUUGGUGAUUUAUUUCCACUCUCUAGAGUUACAUCUAUGAUCAAACAGUGGAGUUGUGAUAUUUUGUUACUACUUGGUAUAGUUGAACCAGUAGUGUGGAAGUGUAACAUGUGGAACCAUCAUAGGAAAGGUUUUUAUUUAUAUCUUUAUUGCACAAUUAGUAAACGCUCGUAUUGUGUUUUAUAUUUCCCUAUUCCCAAACUUUUGUUUAGUGUAUGAAUCGUCGUAAAUCUUGUUCCAAAUAGACUAAUUUCUCUGGUAUUCCAGUUUUAUUUCAGUUAUGGCUAAGUUUUUUACAUAUUAUAAUUCCUUAAUUGUUUUGCUGUGUAGUCAGACAUUGUGGGUAUGGGUUUCGAGUCAUGAUUGAAUAGAGUACAACAGAGAAGUAAUGUGCUGUCUAUUUUCGUCUUCUGAUGGGACACCAGCUUAGACUGGGCUCGAGGAUCAGUAAGCGUUAAGGUCUUGGUCGGUGUAUUAGUAGGUAAAUAUGAACACCAUCAGUUCUACUGGCAAUAUAGACAAAUCGACCGCUAGUCCGACUACAGAGAGGUGUCAUAUAAUUGCUCCUACAAUUACAGCCUCACCACGUGUGACCCAGUAAACACAACCCUCUUUUUUUCCUAUUUUGUUAUUACUAUGACUUUAAACGCAUUUUAAGUACUUUGCUCAACCUCUUACUUCGACUGUGGUUGCCUUUAUUUAGCCAACCUGUGAAACCCAAAAUUGAACCGGUUUUUUCUUCGAAGCAUUGGAAAGAUAUAUGUGAGUCGUUGGAUAUCUUCCCACAUUUGAUUACUUGCCUGACUAACCGUCUCAAAAUGGACCAUCUAACCGCUAUUCAGGAAGCCGCACUUCCUCCUUUAGUUGAUGGAAGAGAUGUUUUAUUACGUGCCCAAACAGGAUCUGGCAAAACUCUAGCAUAUGCAGUCCCACUGUUCGAUCGGUUAAUUAACCUUGACCCUCCCGUCGAACGUAAAGAUGGACCUUUAGGGAUAAUAAUUCUUCCUUCAAGAGAAUUAGCAACACAAACAUUUGAUGUUUUCAAAAUUCUCUCUCAAGCUUGUGUACGUAUUGUUCCAGGAUUGUUGGUUGGAGGGAUGAAACGAAAAUCACAGAAAGCAAGUCUAAGAAAGGGUAUCAAUAUUCUAAUUGGUACACCAAAGCGCAUUCUUGAUCAUAUGGGACAUACGUCCACACUCGAUCUUCGGAGAAUACAAUGGCUAGUAAUAGAUGAAGCUGAUCGUUUGUUAGAAAUGGGAUUCGAACGAGAUGUUAGACAGAUUGUUGAAGGAUUAAUGCAGCAGUUCAAUUGUUUUUCGACGGAAAAUAAGUCCAUAUCAAAAAUUCAAACCGUCCUUUUAUCUGCAACAUUAUCUCCGGGAGUGGAAGCUCUUGCUGGUAUGACUUUGAAGAAUCCUGUACGUUGCGUGGUUGCAGAAAGUGAAACAAAAGCUCCAAAUACCCAACUUUCUAUAACGAAAGCCUCUGAAGUAGAGUUAAAUACACAAGUAAAUAACGUUGCUGAAUUUGCUCUUCCUACAGGGUUAAAACAUUUUGCACUAAUUGUCCCUUGGAAACUGAGGCUAGUCUCAUUGGCAGCUUUCCUAUUACUAAAAUGCAAAUAUCAUGAAAAUGGAGGGAAGCUAAUCGUUUUUAUGGCAACUCAGGAUUGUGUGGAUUUUCAUUAUCACCUAUUCAAAUCAGUAUUAUGCGAUGAAUCUGAGGAGCUUAUUUCUAAUAUACCUGUCAUGAAUCUGUCGAUUUACCGACUUCAUGGAAGCAUGGAACAUAAAGAACGUGAAUCAGCUUUCAGUAGCUUUUCAUCUAGUCAAGCUGGUGUUCUAAUCACUACAGAUGUUGCAAGUCGAGGUUUGGAUUUAGCAUCAGUUGCUUGGGUUGUACAAUACCAUGUAACGGGAGGUCCUAUCGAUUAUGUACAUCGUGUUGGACGCACUGCACGAGCUGGGGGUCAUGGUAAAGCAUUGCUUUUCCUAGAACCUGAAGAAACUGAAUUUAUGAACCUCUUAAAAUCAAAAGUUGGAAUUGAAAUGAAAGAAAUAAGUUUGCCUGAUCUACUUCAGACCGUUCUUUUUCAUUUACAGAAUACUAAGCAUCCUGGGAAGCUAAGGCCAGAUGAUUGUACAACAGUUGAAGAGGGGACUAGUCAGCUGUUUCAUUUGUUUCUUCAUGCUGUAGACAAUGAUGACACUUUGACAUCACUUUCAGAAUUGGCCUAUAUAUCAUUUCUACGUUCUUAUGCAAGUUUUUCGGGUGACUUACGACCUAUAUUCACUUUCAAACGUCUUCACCUAGGGCAUGUUGCUAGAGCAUUCUGUCUACAAAAGAAACCAUCCGAUGUCGCUUCUCGUGUAAGAGGUCGUUUUGUUAAGGCUGAUAGGCAGAAGAAUUCUACAGGAAAGAAACGGGGGUUUGAUAGCUCGAAUGAAGAUGGCAUAGUACCACAAAAACCAAAGUAUUCAUCUGCUUUAUCAUUCGAUAAACCCCAGAAGAAGCAAACUGUGAACCGCACAAAACCGUCUGAUUUGGCCAAACGUAACAUGCUUGCAGAAUAUGGUUUAUAAUCUAAUCUAUAUACCAUUUGUAUAUACUUUUUACAUACUUCUCAUGUGUAUAAAAGCAAUCUGUGAAUAUGCAUUUUUAUGUACAGAUAUAUUCUACAUAUAAACUGAUAAUUAUUAUUA